AUGGUGUGCUGCGCGAAGAACGCGUCGAGCGACGCGCGGUCGGUGCGCUCGCGCGAGAGCUCGGACGACGAAGACGCGCGCCGAACGGCGACGACGGCGUCGGAGAGCGACGAGGAGACGCGCGUCGUCGACGAUCACGACGACGAUGCGUUCGCGAGGGAUCGCGACGAGGACGUGGAGGCGGGCGGGGGGGACGGGCGCGGAGGGGGGGGGCGACGAAGCGCGUGGGAUCGCGCGGGCGGCGACGGCGCGAGCGACGGGGACGAGUCGCCGUCGCACAGCACGUUCGGUAGAGACAGCGAACGGAGGCGAAGGAUGCGUAAGACGUCGAAACUCGUCGCCGAGCGCUUGGGCGGGGUCGACAGCGAUGAGAGCGAUGACGAUGAGUUCGCGAGCGGGUUGGAGCGGGCGCGAAGCGCGAGACGACGAGGCGGGGACGAAGAGGAAGGAUUCGGGUUCGUUUCUCAGGCUGAUUUGACGAGGCGCGAGGAAGAGCGCGCGCGAAAGAAACGCGAAGAAGAGCGGCGCGCUUUGGAGGCGGAACGCGCGCGCCGAAAGGCGGAAAAGUUGGCCAAGAAGGAAGCCAAGCGCGAGGCGAAGCGCGACCGCGAGCGCGCUCGCGAGGAGAGCGAGACUGCUUCAUUGCUAGAUGGCGGUCGCAAGCGCAAGGUUCGGCGGUCGUUUUUCGGGAUUAAGAGUCACGUCGUCACGUACACCGUCGUCGCGGUCUCCGCCGUCGUCGCGUGUGGCGUCGGCGCCGUGCUUUACUCGAGCGCCGCAUCGCCGAGAACGAUGGAAAUCAGAGGUGGCGCGGGGACGCUUACGACGGCUGAUCCCACGCUUCAACCGUUAAAAGCGACGACGGAUAAGAUUUUGAAAGGCUUAAAAGGAAGCUUGAAACGCGUGACCGCGGGCACGAGCAGUGUAGACGACGUCGCCGACGAAACCGAGGAAUCCUCGUCGAAGACGUCAAAGACAAAAUCAGCUUUGAAGAAAAAGUCUUCAACCACGAAGGAUGAAGAGGAUGAGAACGAUGACCUCGACGCAGACGACGACGUCGAUGUCGACGUUGAUGAUGCAGUCGUCGACGACACGGAUGACACCGACGAGAAAAAGUCGACAAAGCGUAAGAAGUCUAGCAAAAAGUCGAAGCCAUCGGAGGCGUCGCUCGGCGUCACGCCGUCCAUCAAAGACGAAGAAGACGAGGAGGAGGAGGAAGAUGACGACGUCAAGGCCACGCCAUCGUGUGCACCCGUGCAAAUUGAGUCUAAGCACGGUAUUUAUAGACAAUACAACAAGGCUUGCAUGGAAGAUUCCGGCGAUGUCCUCGGGUGCGUCGAAAAAUCGAGCGAAGGUUGUCAAAGUUGUUACCUCGACGACUCCCCGGCCGCGACGCAGAGCAGUUCGUAUUCGCGAUGCUCUCAUCACGUGUGCAGCGCGUACAGCGUUGAGGGUUGCGAUCCCAAACCAGCGAAGGCAAAGAGUGACGACGACGAAAGCGAUGCGGAGGAUGGCAACGCCGACGACGAAGACACCGCCGACACGGCGCCCACCGUUCGCGCGAAACCCACCCUUGGAGUCACGCCGACGGUCAACGUCGAAGACGAAAACUGCCUGCCCAACCUCGAAGAUGCCAAGCGAGGGAUAUUUCAAUAUACCGAGCGUUACUGCCGCACAUUCGGCCACAUCGACGUGGACUACGCCGGGUGCAUCGCCAUCGGGAAAUCGUCGUGUCGCAUGUGCGCCACGCGAAGCGUGCGCGGCGCGUCCUCCGUUUUCGCGCUUUGUCCGCGAAGCGUGUGCCAGAACCACGAUUUGCUGUUCGAACAGUGCGAGAAGGAUGAUUAGAGGCCCGCCCGGGCGACCUUAGCCAACGAAU